AUGAUGCUCAUGCUGGGAUCAGAUUCCUUGGGAGGGGUUUGGUCAAGCAUUGUCACAGGAUUAUUCCCCUCCAUGAGAAUUCGAGUGGAUGUCGGCACAACCAAUUCUGAGGGAGUGCGUGGUAACGGGGGUCAGAGGACGAUUGCCGCUUGGCAACGCAAACGCAGAGCUAACAUCAAGGGAAAAGCUGCGGGAGCUCGACAGGCUGGUAGCGAUGGCCAAGACUCUGGGCGAGAUGACGUCAAGACAUACCGAGGACGAGGGCUUACAGCGGAAGGAGGCGGGCUUAGCCCGGGGUCCCACGGAGUACUACACUGCCAUCAGAGGUCGUUGUCGCCAGCGGCUUGGUGUCGACGAGCAAAAUCGGUGCCAUCGGCAAGCGACCCGAUAUAUUGUGACAUCGUGCAGGGAGGGACGGCCUUGCAGCUCAUGUCUGGCGCAGUGCCCUUGGUCGGCGGACUGGCUGACUUCACAGGCGAUUUAGCACCGGAUGCUGUUGAGUGUUGUAAGCUGGCGAGGACGGUGGCCCUACGACUCACCGACGGUCUCCCAGACGGUCCUAUCGCCACGUCCCACGAUGCCGAAGAAAAACGCACGCCCAACGCAGCGGGUGUGGGCUGGGCGGCAGGUGGAUCCAAAUUUGGCGUCUUGACAGACGGUGUGAGCGAGGAAGCCGUCAUGGAGUGGUUUAUCGAAGAGGUUACGAAUUACGAGCCUAGCGACCGUAGAGAAACGGCUGGGAGCCGGCUUGGCAAGCGACAUCUGCGCAAGAUUUUGACGGCAGUGGGUCAGGAUUGCCCUCAGGGCGCGAACGACACCGGGGCAAAGGUUAGCCUUCUGGUAUACGUAGUUCUUCCCGAGGCCGACAUCCGACCUGCCGAAACCUCGAGCGCAUGGGGCGGAGGUCUUGUUCGAUCUCCCGUGUCAGUGCCAACCCACGACGGAAACCUGGCUGAGCUGGAAUCAUUGAAAGCUGACAAGGAGAAGCACUCCGCAAAACUGGAGGCACUGAAAGCUGACAAGGAGAAGCACUACGCCGAACUGGAAGCACUGAAAGCUUAAAACAAAGACCUCCAGGGUCAGGUUGCCACUUUCGUGAAACGCCUCCCAAAGUCUCAAGGUGACCCGGGUGACUCCGUGGAUGCCGGAGGAGGGCAGCUUCUCGCUCAGGAGCGGAAGACCAAGACCUUGAAUGAAUUCAUGCACGACAUGGAGAACCCAGAUCGACAGAAUGCCACCCUCGACGAACAUCGGAUCACCCAGGCCCGUGUCGAAGAAGUAGGCAGAGGAACGGGCCACCUGGAUGUACGAGUCGUUGCACUUGAAGAAGGAAACCGAGGGAAGAAGAAGGGACUUCUUUUACGCUUGUGCGGCUGUUGCUGAUUGGGAAACGGUAGCCGUGGGAUCUGGACUGAG